AUGUCGUCGUCGAACUCUUCAGCCACCAAGCGCAAGCAAAGAGAUUCAAUCUCCCCUCCGCCGCUCAAACGGAAAGUUCAGAGCGGCACUACCAAAAACGCACUUGCGAACUUCUUCAAGCCGGCCUCCCAGAAGCCCAAGGACCGCACAACAUGGACGGAACGCUCGCCGAAUGAGGAUACCCCAGCGACGCUUCUAGUCGGCCGUUACAAACCGGAGAGCGCCCCUUCCGAAUCGGAAAAGCGUAUCAAAGUCGCCGCGUUCGACCUGGACUCCACCUUGAUCACGACAGCCUCCGGGAAGAAGCACGCAGACGACGGCACAGACUGGAAGUGGUGGCAUACCUCUGUCCCCGGACGGCUGAGGGAGCUGUACAAUAACGAAGGGUACCGAGUCGUGAUUUUGUCGAAUCAGGCAGGACUCGUGUUGCACCCAGAGCCCAAAUCCAAAGGACCAAAGAAUCUGACCAAAGACCGCGUAUCUGCAUUCAAGCAAAAGGUCAAUGCGGUCUUGACACAGCUUAACAUCCCGACAACCGUAUAUGCCGCGACCGAAAAGGACAUCUACAGGAAACCUCGCCCAGGGAUGUGGAAAGAACUUUGCGAGGACUAUGACCUAGUCGGCGACGUAGACCUGCAACAUAGCGUCUUCGUCGGAGAUGCAGGAGGCCGGACAGCAACUGUCAAGUCUGCAGGCAAGAACACCGCAGGGACGGCGAAGGAUUUCAGCUGUUCCGACCGAAACCUGGCCCACAACAUUGGCAUCGACUACAAGACACCAGAGGAGUUCUUUUUGGGCGAACAACCGCGAGACUUUGUUCGAGAAUUUGACGUGGUCCACUAUCCCUAUCCCGAAGAAUCGAAGGACUCGUCGACAGAUGUUCUGUUCGAAAAGAAGAACAAGCAGGACAUUGUCAUCUGCUGCGGACCACCGGGUUCGGGCAAGAGUACUUUCUUCUGGAAACACCUGAAGCCUCUGGGAUAUGAAAGGAUAAACCAAGACACCUUGAAGACUCGAGACAAAUGUGUCCAGGCAGCGAAGGAACUACUGAGCGCUGGCCAAUCCGUGGCGAUCGACAACACCAAUGCCGACCCCGAUACCAGAGCUGUUUGGAUUAAGCUGGCUGAAAAGCAAGAGGUGCCAAUCAGAUGCGUCUGGCUGAAGACGCCUCUGAUUGUAUGCGAACAUAACGACGCAGUUCGCGCCAUGAAUGCAUCUCUUAAUCCCGAAUCCAGAGUGGCCCUACCUAAGAUGGCUUUCAAUGGAUUCAAGUCGCGAUUCAAAGAGCCAAAGAUCAAAGAAGGAUUCCACGACAUCACCGAGGUCGAGUUUGCUUUCAGCGGCACCAAGGAAGAGCAUGGCGUGUGGGCCAAGUAUUGGCUUUGA